GAACACAACAUUAUACCGCGCACAGGCAGCUCUGGAUCUGACGUUUUAUUUUUGUACGCAUAAGGCGAAGCGACAUUUGGCCGUGACCGGUCCACAUCGAAAGAGGAAAAUGGUCACGAUGGAUGAACUUUGUGAAAUGGAUUGCGGUGUUUUGAAAAGGCUGAUGAAGGACGACAGUGCGAUAUGUCUGGUAUUGGACUGCAGGUCGUUUCUGGCAUUCAGCGCCUCUCAUAUUCGGGGUGCUGUAAAUAUUCGGUGUAACACCAUAGUUCGGAGGCGAGCGAAAGGCUCCGUGAGUUUGGACCAAAUCCUGUCCGGUGACGAUGAAGUCAGAGCCCGUCUGAAAUCAGGGUUGUAUUCCGCCGUGAUCUUGUACGACGAGCGGACGUCAGAUACAAACACUAUCAAAGACGACAGCACCAUCACUCUGGUGCAUAACGCCUUGUGUAGGGAUAUAUUUAGGACAGAAAUAUUUCUGCUGAAAGGAGGCUACGACCGAUUUUCCACACAGUAUCCCGAUUACUGUUUGAAAACGAAAACAUUACCCGUCUCCACCCCUCCAUCGAGCGUGGGGGCCAGCUGCACCUCCUGCGCGACUCCACAGCACGACCAGGGUGGCCCUGUGGAAAUCCUCCCCUUUCUGUUUCUGGGCAGUGCAUUCCAUGCAUCUAAAAAGGACAUGUUAGAUGGUAUGGGCAUUUCAGCUCUACUGAAUGUAUCGUCGAACUGUCCCAACCAUUUUGAAGGAGCGUACCAGUACAAGUGCAUCCCAGUAGAAGACAACCAUAAAGAGGAAAUCAGCUCCUGGUUCACCGAAGCCAUUGAAUUCAUUGACUCCGUCAAGGAUUCCAACGGGCGCGUUCUGGUGCACUGUCAGGCCGGCAUCUCGCGGUCGGCCACUAUCUGCCUGGCCUACCUGAUGAAGAAGAAGCGAGUGCGUCUGGAAGAGGCCUUCGAGUUUGUUAAACAGAGACGAAGCAUCAUCUCUCCAAACUUUAGUUUCAUGGGUCAGCUGCUGCAGUUUGAGUCUCAGGUGCUGGCCACUUCCUGUUCUGUAGAAGCCGCCAGUCCUUCCGCCACGCUCGGCCCCAAGUCUUCCUCCACCCCCACAUCACCCUUCAUCUUCAGCUUCCCUGUGUCGGUAGUGACGCACUCCCAGCCCAGCAGUCUGACGUACCUACAGAGUCCGAUCACAACCUCGCCGAGCUGCUGAUACUUGGCGCCGUCCCUUCCUGAGAAGGGUCCUCCAAAGACUGCACUUGCACAACAGGAGGGGUUUGUUGAGACCUUGUCUACCAGAAGAAUUUUGAGGGGAUGUUGGCGUCCUUCAUUUGGCACAAUCAUGCAAACUUUAUUUGACAAACGCAACCCGGGGGACGUUCAUGUCGCCGGUGACUUUAUCUAACAUCAAACAAACCCACGAAUGAAAUCAUAAUAUCCUGUGAGGACAGUUCAUCUCCUUCAUUUCCUGUGGUUUACUUCCAAUAGUCUGCUCUGUGACUGGCCGGCAGGUUUCAACCCUGACAGGUGCAUCACACUUUGUCUGGACUUCCCAUGUACUGUAUCACUUUCUUCCUGCCUCUCUCUCUCUUUCUCUCGCUCUCCUCUGGCCUUGAGAGGAAUGACUGAAGUUCUUCGAUAGAGAGCUCAGAGGUUUGCUGUUGUAGCAGAAAAUGUCUUUUCAAUCAGUUGGGUUUGCAUUUGUCAGUGCCUUCUACAAAGAAGGUACAGGACAUUUUACAGAUGUCAUCUCCAUCAUGUUCCUUUAGAAAAAAAAAACACAAGGCGGACUGAUCUUUGGGACAAAAUGUUUCGAUCUGCAAUACAAAGUCCGCAAUCUGUUUUUCUCACAAAUUAGAGCAAUAACCUAAUUGUCCUUCAUCCCGGUCGCCACCAAAGCACUGUAUGGUUUGUUAGUUGUAUGAUGGUGACUUAAAAAUUCUGAUUUUGACGUUUGCCAAUUUGUACCGAGGAGAUCUCAUUCAUUAUUUCUGCUGUAUGCCUUACCAAUAAUGACUGUGGUGAUCUUCCACUUAGAAUGUUGUCAUUUAUAGAUUAUUUAUGUAUUAGGAUGAUGCUCUGAGGUCUUGAGAAAGGCACACAGACAUUUGAAGGCACCACUUGUGACCACUAAUAACUGUUUUGAUCUGACAUGAUUCAGUUAGCAAAAUGCCCAGAUUACCAUGAAGGGCUCAUACACUGAAAUUUUAUACACUGGAAGUUUAGUCGAUUGAAAAACCAAGUCCAUUUGAGUUUUAGUAUCCUUUAUUGAUAAUAUCAUUGGGAACUGCUCUGUAAGGAAAUAUUCUUGCCUUGAGGAGUCGAUACUGCAGAUGGCUUUCGCUUGAAUAUUUACAAUGUGUACGUGAGCCCCGGUUCUUUGUUUUUUUAUAAGACAAUGGGCACCUUUUAUAGAGCACUUUUAAGUGAUUUGAGGUUUCUUUUGCACCUCACCGGAGAUGAAGUUGUGACUGAGCUGUAAAUGUUUCCAUUGUUCAGUUUUAGUUUUUUGGAUAGGCCUAUGACAUGACUUGUCAACAAUCACUCUUGAAUGCAAUACUUUCUACUGUACUUGUGAAACGUUAUUGUCCAAUGGCUCACAGCAAUGUCAUUCAGAGGGUUAUGAUUUUCCUCCCUGUUCUGUUGUAUUAUAUGUAAAUUUAAUUUAUCUCAUGAUUGUCAUUGUUAAAUAUAAAAG